UUUCACAUGGAAAGUUUCCACAUGUUAAAGAUCCUAUUAAUAGUAUCAAAUUGAUUAAUAAUAAGCCAUCAUUUAUAAAUCAAAUACGUUAUGCCUCUGGAAUAUCUAAAGAAGAAGAAACAUUUGCAAGGAUACAAGAGAAACGAGAAAAGGCAUUAUUAG